AUGGCCUCAUGCACCUGCACUGAGAUCAACCCGACCUCAUUCUCUGAGGAAAACACUACAUCAUUUCCUAGAGAAUUCAAGAUUUCUGAAUCUGCUGCACAUUUUGACAUGAGCUCUCUAACUGCCCUGUCAUCACCGCAGCCUCUACACAUCUACAUCUAUCAUGGAGAUAGAGAGAUUAAGGUCAGAGAUUCUUCAAGAUACAAGAGAAACAUCUUAUCUGAAUUCCACAGCUUUAUUCAUACUCUUGAACAGAAAUUCCACCUUAAUCUGAGCCAGUAUAAUACUCAUGAGAUAUAA